CCCUGUGCCCGGACAGAGCAGAUGUCUAACAGCACCUCCACCACUGAGUUCCUCCUCCUGGCAUUCACAGACACGUGGGAGCUGCAGCUCCUGCACUUCUGGCUCUCCCUGGGCAUCUACCUGGCUGCCCUCCUGGGCAAUGGUCUCGUCAUCAUGGCUGUAGUCUGUGAUCAUCAUAUGCACACUCCUAUGUACUUCUUCCUCCUUAACCUUGCCUUCUGUGAUCUGGGCUCUAUCUCCACCACUCUUCCCAAAGCCAUGUCCAGUUUCCUUUGGGGCAGUGGGGCCAUCUCAUACACAGGAUGUGCUGCACAAGUAUUUUUUCUCUUUUUCUGUACUACAGCUGAGUGUGCUCUUCUUACUGUCAUGUCCUAUGACCGCUACAUUGCCAUCUGCAAGCUCCUGCACUAUGGGACCCUCCUGGGCAGCAGAGCUUGUGCCACCAUGGCAGCGGCUGCCUGGGGCUCUGGGGUCCUCAAUGCUCUGCUGCACACUGCCAGUACAUUCUCACUGCCACUCUGCCAAGGGAAUGCUGUGGACCAGUUCUUCUGUGAAGUUCCCCAGAUCCUCAAGCUCUCCUGCUCCAGCUCCUAUCUCAGGGAAGUUGCUCUUCUUGUGGUUAGUCUCUCUUCUGCAUCUGGGUGCUUGGUUUUCAUUGUGCUCUCCUAUGUGCAGAUCUUCAGGGCUGUGGUGAGGAUGCCCUCUGAGCAGGGCCGGCACAAAGCCUUCUCCACGUGCCUCCCUCAUCUGGCUGUGGUCUCCCUGUUUGUCAGCACUGGCACUUUUGCCUACCUGAAGCCACCCUCCAUCUCCUCCCCAUCCCUGGACCUGGCUGUGGCAGUGCUGUACUCGGUGGUUUCCCCAGCAGUGAACCCUCUCAUCUACAGCAUGAGGAACCGGGAGCUCAGGGGUGCCCUGAAGAAACAGAUGAGCAGACUUUUCAGAAAUAGACAUCUGUCUUUCUUCUUCUGCAGAUCAUUCAUAGUAAAACUCUUGAUUGUCAGAACCUGUCAUCUGCUCAUGUUGGUUUUCUCCCUCUUUGGUUUUCUGUGA